AUGGAGGUUUUAAUCAAUAUUGGAGGUGGGUUUCCUCAAUUGGGCUGGGGACAGUCGAAUUUUAAGCAUUUUGGGAGUUUUUUUUAUAGGGUGAGAGUUGGGUCUGUCAGUGUUUCGUCAGAUGAGAAUCCUUCAAAUUCAACAGCUGACUUGCAGAAGAGUGUUGAUAAGAGAGAAGGUAGUAUGACCAAGAAAGCGCUGAAAGAUUUGAGCUUUUUACCAAGACCAUUAUCAGUGACAGAUUUUUCUACUUCUUCUAGUAGUCGUUCAAAGGUGCGGAUAUCAUUUAAGGGGCUUGCAGGAGCAUACAGUGAGGAUGCUGCACUUAAAGCCUACCCACAAUGUGAGACUUUUCCAUGUGAAGAAUUUGAAGAUACAUUUAAGGCUGUUGAAUUGUGGCUUGCUGAUAGAGCAAUUCUUCCAAUUGAGAAUUCUUUAAGUGGAUGCAUUCAUAGAAACUAUGAUUUACUCCUUCGACAUAGACUGCAUAUUGUUGGAGAGAUUCAAUUAGCUGUUAACUUCAGCCUUCUAGCAUUACCAGGUGUGAGAUUGGAGCAGCUGAAACGUGUCCUAAGCCAUCCACAGGCACUUGACCAAUGUAAUGCAUUCCUGAAUAAGUUAGGUGUCCUAAGAGAGAACGUCGACGAUGCAGCUGGUGCUGCUCAGCUUGUGGCCUCAAACAGAAUGAUGGAUGCUGGUAUCGUUGCAAGUGCUCGAGCAGCAGAACUUUAUGGAUUCAAUAUACUUGCUGAAAGGAUUCAGGACGAUUGUGGAAACAUCACUCGAUUUUUAGUUCUUGCAAGAGAUCCUAUAAUACCAAGGACUGAUAAGCCUUUUAAGACAAGUAUUGUGUUUACUUUGGACGAAGGCCCUGGAGUGCUAUUCAAGGCUUUGGCUGUAUUUGCUUUGAGGGAUAUUAGUUUGACAAAGAUUGAAAGUCGACCACAAAGAAAUCAACCGCUAAGGGUAGUAGAUGACUCAAAUACUGGAACUUCCAAGUAUUUUGAUUACCUUUUCUACAUUGAUUUCGAGGCAUCUAUGGCAGAACCUCGUGCACAAUAUGCUUUGCGCCAUUUGCAGGAGUUUGCAACUUUCCUCCGAGUACUUGGCUGUUAUCCCAUGGACACGUCUGUUUAG